AUAAUGAUCAUUCGCACAUAUGCUCUCUACGGUUCCAGCAAGCGCCUAUUUGCUUGGUUGACAGGCAUAAUGAUUACUCUUUCGAUAGCAGUUUCUGCGGGAAGUUUUGGACAAUUUUCAGGCGAUGCGGUCCUUUUGCCUGGAGUUGGUUGCGAUCAAACUUUUACAACAGCAACAGCCGCCCGUCUUGGGUUGGCAUGGGUGGCGGACAUGGUAUUCCAAUCAUUGAUCUUGAUUCUGAUAGUGUACAGGAUUUUCAAAACUAGACGCUCGCUGCGGUUCCCUCUAGUCGCCAGGAGAAAUGUCAUUGAUAUCAUAUUUCAUGAUGGUGCGAUGUAUUUCGGAGCCAUGGUGCUUGUCAACGUACCGAACACCAUGACGUACUACUCUGCUUCAGUUUCUGCUAGAGGCAGUCUUUCCACAUUGACUAGCUGCUUGUCCGUUACUCUCGUCUCUCGAAUGAUGCUUAACCUCCACAAAUCUAUGGACGCUGGCAUUCUCUCCAUCCCUUCCCAGGAUGAAGGUCCCAGCCUCGCUGUCCUCACAACUAGGGUCAACCUACAGUCCGCGAUUUCCUCUCACCAUGAUUAGGCUGGCAUUGGAUUCUAUUUCUGGAUGCGAAGUGGCGGAGAUACUUGGUAAGAGUGAAAAGUUGUUCUUGUAGUCGAAUCUCGCGUAACCUGUAUGUGCAUCGUGCUAACUAUCAUAUGUAUAGUCGUCCGUAAUCAAAUAAAACUGUAAUCAAGCCUCUCAACGAGGGGGAUCCUGUCCCUGUUGAUCAAGAAAAGAAAUGGUCCCGGAGGUAAAUUGCUUGUGCGUUAUUCCCUAUUUAGUAUGAGUUCGAAGGGGAUUGGCCACAGAUCGACAUUGUUAUGAGACGGGUGAAGAUGAUAGAAAGUUUGACCAGAUCGACGUAGUUAUGGGUCGUUUUAGGUAGAUAGCGUGAAGGGUGACAAUAUGAGACGUUUAAAGACGGAGACUUCCGUUGACCCUGGCCCGGGAGCGUUCGGAAUCGGGUGUGCUUUUGAGCGGGGAAUCAGCG